AUGAGGGAGCCAUUUGAGAAGCAAGAUAAUGUGGAACCCAAUCCAGAAGAUGAUAAGAGCAAUAAUAUUGUUGAACAAAUAGCAGUGUUCCUGUCAUGGACUUUUGUGUUAAUUUUGCUUCCUUUCUCGCUGUUUUGUUGUCUGAGUAUAGCCUAUGAGUUCCAUAGACUUGUAAUAUUCCGAUUGGGUCGUAUUAGGAGUUGCUUAGGACCUGGCCUAGUUUUUACGCUUCCCUGCAUCGAUUCGUUUGAUACAGUGGACAUUCGCACCGAUGUGGUUAAUGUGCAUCCCCAGGAUAUGCUCACCAACGACUCGGUGACGAUCAAAGUGAACGCAGUCGUGUUCUACUGCAUCUACCAUCCAAUCAACUCGAUCAUCAAGGUGGACGAUGCCAAGGAUGCCACCGAAAGGAUCUGCCAGGUCACCCUGCGCAACAUUGUGGGCUCGAAGAGACUCCACGAACUUCUGGCAUCCAGGCAGCAACUUUCCCGGGAAAUCCAGCAGGCAGUCGCAAGGAUCACAGAACGUUGGGGCGUGCGAGUGGAGCGAGUGGACCUCAUGGAGAUAUCCUUGCCAAGUAGUCUGGCACGAUCAUUGGCCAGCGAGGCGGAGGCGACCAGGGAGGCCAGGGCCAAGAUCAUUUUGGCAGAAGGAGAAGCCAAAGCCUCGAAGGCCUUGAAAGAAUGCUCUGAUGUGAUGUCGGACAACCAAAUUACCCUACAACUAAGGCAUCUGCAGAUUCUCUGUUCUAUGGCCAAGGAACGUCGGACUAAUGUGCUUUUUCCCAUCCCUUUGGAAGUUAUGGAACCUUUUAUGGGUGGAAAGGACUCGUCGGAAACAGCACAAGAUGAUGAUGACCGCAGGGAUAGCGAUGACGAAUAUGAUUAUUUACAUUUAUUUUCCCCAAAAGUAUACAUCACGGGACCUCCUCCGGAUUUCUUGAAUGAUGCCCAAACAGAUAGCACAACUAAAAGUCCCCAAGAAGCAACAACCACGGAGAAUGCAGACGAAUCCAAGCCGCCGCUUUCGUGGCUGUGGCCACCAUUCUUCAGACCCUCGAGAGCUGCCAAUAAUGGCGAACAACCAUCCAGCAGUCGGAGAGCUCCUCCAGAAAGUGGUCAACCGUCGCCCAGAUCCAAUCGAGCUGAUGAUGGAAUCGAACCCUAUCCACUUCUGGCCCAGCAGCCAGCCCGCUCGAGAUCUCCUGCUACUAAGCCUUCUUCCAUACCGAAUCCUCCGCUUCCUAAUCCUCCCUCACUGCCUCCAGUGCCGUCUCACCCGCAGCUUCCUCCCAUUCCUCCACAUCCAACUCUACCCCCCCUCCCGGAACGUCCCAUGCCACCCCCCAAACCCACUUCGCCUUUAUCAGAAAAAGAUCCAAAAGUUCCAAGGGCCGACAAAAAAUAA